UCUACUACUUAACUUUCUUUUGAAAGAAUAUAUGUUGUUUAUUUUUGUAAAACCUGAAAAUGUUGUCUGUCUGUCUGUUCAAAUGCAGGGUCCGGACCCGUCUCUGGCAUAUCGGCCAGAUUUGGAGACGACUGAACCCAAACCAAAGGAGGACUACAGAAACUUUGAGAGUGGAAGUCUAAUUGAUCGUGUGUUCAACACAUACAAGCUGAUGCACACUAAUCAGACGGUGGACUUUGUGAAUGAAAAGCACUCUGUAUGGAGUGGCUGCAACCACACUCAGAUGGGCAUGAUGGACGCCAUCAUGUCUCUAGACCAGCUGGUGGACGAGUCCGAUCCUGAUGUGGACUUCCCCAACUCCUUCCAUGCCUUCCAGACUGCUGAGGGCAUCCGCCAAGCACACCCAGACAAUGACUGGUUCCAGUUGGUGGGUCUGAUCCAUGAUGUUGGGAAGACAAUGGCUCUUUGGGAUGUUCCCCAGUGGGCUGUGGUCGGCGACACCUUCCCAGUGGGCUGCAAAUUUCAAAACUCCAUUGUGUUCAGAGACAAUACCUUCCUGGAUAAUCCAGAUGAGAAAAAUCCCUGCUACAAAACUGAAAACGGGAUCUACGAAUCAAACUGUGGGCUCGACAAAGUCCACAUGUCCUGGGGCCAUGACGAGUAUCUCUACAGAGUUAUGAAGUUCAACAACUGCUCCAUACCAGAGCAGGGAUUGUACAUGAUUCGCUUCCAUUCAUUCUACCCCUGGCACUCCCACGGAGACUACAUGCACCUGUGCAAUGACAAAGACCUCGGCAUGCUGCCCUGGGUUCAAAAGUUCAACAAAUUUGACCUGUACACAAAGGACGCCGAGCUGCCCGACGUCGACAAGCUGAAGCCGUACUACCAGUCUCUGAUCGACAAGUACUGCCCUGGAACACUGAAGUGGUGA